AUGACCGCGGUGGUGAAUCCAGUAGAGCUGUCAAUUCUUGUACUUUUGGCCGGCCACAUCGUCAUUGGUAUCGCACCGACACGCGGGAUCCACUGCGGCUGCCAAUCAAAUCCGCCGAUGGGGCUUCCCGGGGAUUUCCACACAUUUCAGGAUGCUGAUUGGUGGGUUGUUGCGGCCUCGGGAAACCCUCAGGGGGCAUCCCAGUCGAUGCUUCAUUGCUUCAAGGUUGGGUAUUCUUGCUGCUUCGCUUGGAUUACACUUGCGAUGCCCCCAUGGGUUAUCCUUGAUUAUAUCCCCCUUGACUGGCUCUCUACUCCUACUCCUUUCCUGUCACGAUCACCUCAUCCCUGA